AGAUGAAUUUGCAAACUUCUAGACUCUAGACCCGGUUAACACUGAGCUGAUUUUUCAGGGUCUACACGCUCUUGCCUGGUUGCUGGGAAGGAGGGUUGGGAGGCGCUGGUGCGAGGGCAGAGCUGAGUGUCUGUAGGAGUUGCUGUUCCAGAGAAUUCAUUACUCUCUAAUUGUUCUGAUUUUAGAUCAGCAGAGCGUGCCGGGCGGUGGUGGAGGAAGAGAUUGAGGGCGGACAAGGCGAGAGAGAACGAGCAGUUCAUCCUCCAGGGAAGUCUAGGCGCUUUGACAUGUUCCCUGGAUGUCUGCUGAGUUACUAAGGUACCUCUGCAUGUCAGUUGACAGACCUUGGUAGGACCCCAAGGCUCCUGGAGACACCCAUCUCUCCUCAUUUUUUGUGUACGCGUCCUCACCGAACAUUCAAAACUGUUUCUCCAAAGGGUUUUGCAAAAACUCAGACUGUUUUCCAAAGCAGAAGCACUGGAGUCCACAGCAGAAGCGAUGGGCAGUGUGCGAACCAACCGCUACAGCAUCGUCUCUUCGGAAGAGGACGGCAUGAAGCUGGCCACCAUGGCGGUUGCCAACGGCUUUGGGAACGGGAAGAGCAAAGUCCACACCCGGCAACAGUGCAGGAGCCGCUUUGUGAAGAAGGAUGGCCACUGCAAUGUCCAGUUCAUCAACGUGGGUGAGAAGGGACAACGGUACCUGGCGGACAUCUUCACCACGUGUGUGGACAUUCGCUGGCGGUGGAUGCUGGUUAUCUUCUGCCUGGCUUUUGUCCUCUCGUGGCUGUUUUUCGGCUGCGUGUUUUGGUUGAUUGCCCUGCUCCACGGGGACCUGGAUGCAUCCAAGGAGAGCAAAGCUUGUGUGUCUGAGGUCAACAGCUUCACGGCCGCCUUCCUUUUCUCCAUCGAGACCCAGACCACCAUAGGCUACGGCUUCAGGUGUGUCACGGAUGAGUGCCCCAUCGCCGUCUUCAUGGUGGUCUUCCAGUCCAUCGUGGGCUGCAUCAUUGACGCCUUCAUCAUCGGCGCGGUCAUGGCCAAGAUGGCCAAGCCCAAGAAGAGAAACGAGACCCUGGUCUUCAGUCACAACGCCGUGAUCGCCAUGAGAGACGGCAAGCUGUGCUUGAUGUGGCGAGUGGGCAACCUUCGCAAAAGCCACUUGGUGGAAGCGCACGUGCGGGCGCAGCUCCUCAAAUCCAGAAUUACUUCCGAAGGGGAGUACAUCCCCCUGGAUCAGAUAGACAUCAAUGUGGGGUUUGACAGUGGGAUUGACCGUAUAUUUCUAGUGUCCCCGAUCACUAUCGUCCAUGAAAUCGACGAAGACAGUCCUUUGUAUGAUCUGAGUAAGCAGGACAUUGACAACGCAGACUUUGAAAUUGUCGUCAUACUGGAAGGCAUGGUAGAGGCCACUGCCAUGACCACGCAGUGCCGAAGCUCCUACCUGGCCAAUGAGAUCCUCUGGGGCCACCGCUACGAGCCGGUCCUCUUUGAGGAGAAGCACUACUACAAGGUGGACUAUUCCAGGUUCCACAAGACUUACGAAGUCCCCAACACUCCCCUCUGUAGUGCCAGAGACUUAGCCGAGAAGAAAUAUAUCCUCUCAAAUGCUAAUUCAUUUUGCUAUGAAAAUGAAGUCGCCCUCACGAGCAAAGAGGAAGAAGACAGUGAAAACGGAGUUCCCGAAAGCACUAGUACAGACACCCCCCCAGACAUAGACCUCCACAACCAGGCCAGCGUACCUCUAGAGCCCAGGCCCUUGCGGCGGGAAUCCGAGAUAUGACUGACUGAUUCCUGCUCUGGAAUACUUACUUCACUCCACAGUCUGUUGGUCAGAGGCCUGAAACAGUUAACAGACGACGGUACUGGUCAAGAGGUGGGUCAAGGCAAAGUGGCCACCAGGGACUGAGGCUAGCACAAUGGUUUCAAAGAAAGACUGUAAGCUCCAUGAUUGAUGCAGAGCACUAACCAGGCCUUUGCGUGACCCGAUGGCACAUACGUGUUGUAGACUAAGUUGCGGGCUUUUAUGUGUUGUUUUGUGUUUUUUACAAAACUUGAAUUUGCAGGCAAGCCUUGGUUGGGUAUCUGACUUAUCCAGAAUGCUUCUUUUAGGGAACAAGAGUGUUUUUAAUGGCAUAACAAAGGCAAGACUCUGCCUUAAUUUUUUUUGAAAAGCUGCUAACUACAUGAACACAAAUCGUAUUUUUGUUGCAGUGUAGUUUUUCUUUUAUGUGAUUUAAAAGUCAGUGUUGAACUUUGUUGAAAGCUCAUGAUGCGCUUCAAAGUGGCAAGUAUUUGGCUAUUAACUGCCAAAACUGAGAGCCUGAUUUUUUGGAGGCCAGUAAUCUGUUUCCUAGAACUGAUCUCUCUCUCUAUUCUCUCUCUCUCUCUCUCUCUCUCUCUCUCUCUCUGGUUACAUAAGGGCAUUAUGUAACACUAGCCAAAUGGUAGCCUCUGGGUUUUUUUUUUUUUCCUUUCUCCUGAUGUCAAUGGGUUAUCUAAAAUUUUAAGUUAGACUACCUAAAAUAAAUACCAAAGAUAAUGCACAUUUUUGCACAGUGGAGCUUAUACUAAAAAGGAAACAAAGCCCCAUGGGUUGCCUUGAAAUCAAGAGACAAUAACUUUGAACCUCAGCAAGACCUCAAACCGCCUGUUCAUUUUGCACCUUAUUCACAAAACAGCAUCAAACACGGAGUCUAGUAAGUGUAGUGCUUUUUAAAUUUUGUUCUGUCAUGUACCCUUCCUGUUGGAAGUAGAAGAGGAAGAACAAAGGGGAAGUACAGUCCACAUACACAUGCAUACACACAAAGAACAUCAACAUCUUUUCUAUCCUGCUGGGUAAUGCUGGCCAGACUAAUGCAUCAAGUGAGAGAGAUGGUGACAUGCUCUUAGAUUUUUCUGGACUUCCCCUUUUUGCACAUUCCAAAAUUUAUUCCAUAAGAUGAGAUCUUGAUUGAACUUGGCACAUAUCCUGGCACCCUCCAUGCAGCCGUUGGUAUGAAAAAAUAAAUUGACUUAAACUUUUCAGUUGAGUUCAUUUCCUCAACUGUCUGGACAUUUCCAGCUGAACGUCACCUUAGAAAAGAUGCCACGCCUGUCCUCCAGGCUUGAUCUUCCCAUUAGUCUGUUUGGAGUGCAUCCUGCACAGUCAGACAGGGAUGCACUUGCCAAAGUGGGGGAUGCAGAAAGGGGUGGACAGACCACUUGGAUGCAGCAUUUCGGCUUCAGUAUUCAGGAGGGAGAGGAAAUUUGCCUAUUUUUAUGGCAGAGAGAAGGAAUGAGAAUAUCCCAGUAUUUUAGGGUCAAAAAGAGCCAUAAAAAUCCAAUACAAUCACAGGGAAAGGAGAUAAUAGUUUAAAAGGGGUCAAGUCCUUCUUUGUGUGCAUUCUCGUGAUUAAUGUGAACCCAUCAUUGUCUCUUUUGGAGCCCAGAGCAGUUUACUAGGGACACAUUGUUUUCCAGAAGUUUCUCCUCCCUGGCUGCUUGCCUUGCUAGAAACAUUUUCCUCCUUGAUUUAGCCCAAUAGCGGAACUCUGCUACAGUUUAAAGUUCCCUAUUUGUGAAUUCUGGGGUUUCUGACUUUUCUUUUUAAUUAGUCUCAAAAUCAACUCUCUUAUGGUAUUAUAUUCUGGUAUGCCAUUAAAAUACAGCUUGUUCUAAAGUCAUAUGUUUUGUAAAUGGACAUUCGUGAUGGUCUCUGGUUCUUGAACAGCCAUAUCUGAAUGCAGUGCCUGCAAAACUAUGCCGGUUUCUGCUGUUUUCAAGCCUUCCAAGUUGGUGGGUUUGAAAACCGUGGUGAUAUUUUCAUUGAAACCGAGAAAAAAAGAUGCUAAGCACGUGGAUGUUAUUUUAAGUCCAGAUUCAAAGGCAGGUUUGGGAAGUUGUUUUAAGAGUUGGAGGAAUUGGGAACGGGAGAUUUAAUAGAAGAGAACAAUUUGACUUUUGACAGUGAGAGGCUAUCGAGGGCUUCAGCUGCUGCUAUCAUGAUGUUUUGCAAAGGAAAACAAUCAAACCAAAGAGUAUUUAGUGAUAUGUAAAUUAAAUGAAGAUGCAGUGGAGCAUGGGGGUGACCUCAAAGAAGGACCCCCAAACACACAGUGCUACCACUUAAAAAGACUUGAGAUAUUUGAAGGGGGUGGGUACGGGGACAAGGAAGAGGGAGGGACAUCUUUCAACUUAUUUCUGAAAAAGAGAAAAAAUCUAAAAUUUCUGGUGCACAGGUUUGUUUUUUUUUUUUUCAAGAAAAUUUUGCAGAAGCUAUGUUUUUAAAGUGUACAUUUUAUAAAGUUUAUCAGAUAUUUUCAUAUUUAAAGCCAAAUGUAAAUAGAAGUAUGUAAAGGAAAAAAAUUGCCAUAGAAAGUAUAAUUUCAGUGCAGCAAUUUCGGAGAGCUAGUACCUAUAUGCUACCGGUUAGCAUGGUUUUAGCACAUAUUUACCAGCCUUAUAAGGUUCGUAUUGCUAUGUUCUUCUGUUAUUUAUUUCAGCAUGGACUGUUCAAUUUGAAAGCUUUUUCUAGUUAUUAGCAUUUUAAUAGUUACAAGCUUUAAGUGGCUAUAUAUAUAUAUAUAUAUGUAUUUUUUUUUUCUUGUCAAGAGCCAAGACACAGGUACUGCACGACGUAUAUUGUUGCAGUUUACCUUCAAAAUAUUUGUCCUUUGACUGGGUCUCCUUAACUAGUGCAUACCUGUCACUAGAACGCAGAUGGAAGGGACUCACCGUGAAUAUCUGGGGUUGAUUCCCAGAUGCGUGCUGCUUCUCUAUUGCAAGCAAAUCCCUAUUGAAUUUCCUUAGGAUGUAUUCCCUUUUAAAGAAUGUCUGCCCGUAUCUGGAUGGGCAUUAUAUUUUUUGGGGGGAGGCAUAGAUUUCCUGGUUAUUCUAUUUUUAAAUAAAAGGUAGACAAAGUGAAUUCUAUUUUGAUUAUUGAGAAAGGAAUAGUUUUCUAUCCCUCUAAGAGUAUACUUGAAUCAGACAUUUCAAAGAUGUCACUCUAGCACUGUAGUCAUUUCCAAAUUCCUAGAGAAAAUUUGUUUGACUUCGUUUUUUGUUCUAUUGAUGCAUUCUUUCUUUCACCAGUUCCUUUCAUCCCUAGCUCCUCCACCCCAAAUCUUGGUGUUACACAGUCACCUCCCUGCCCACGACCUUCAGCCAACUAGAAUUUCUUUUCCGGCGAUGUUAGAUUUCAGUUCUCAGCUAUAGAGAGUUGAACAAUUCAGGCCUUGGACAAUCGUGAUAGUUAUUAUUUUCCCAUUUGCCAUCCUUUUUGUAUCUAAAGUCUUCCUAUUGUACUGCACAAACCAUGGGUUGUACAUAUUUUUAUAUAUUAUGUCUUAUUUUAUUAUUUCUAAAUAAAAACUUAAAAAUUGAAACAAAUCUGUGCAAGAAUGGUUGUUCCUCCUUAUGAUCACAGUAGAAAUGUUCAGAUAUUCCCAAACAAUAGGACAUAAACCCUGAUAGUUUGGAUGAAUAGAGCCAUAGAAAUUGCCGGAACACACAGGUACACCAGAGGGGCAGAUUACUUUAAUCCAGGUUAAAGGAAGUCAAGCUCAUGUUUUGUUUUUGUACAGAAUGACCUAGGUAGAAAAGACCAAAAGAAAAAAAAAAAAAAGAGCAAACAAGA